AUGCGCCCACCCCUGCCGGUUGGCUGCCGCUCGCGCGAGCAGGUGCCUCUCGGCCUGUCAGCGGCGCUGCAGCGGCUCGCGCUCGGGGAGGAGGCGCGCGUGACAAUCCCCAUGUCGAUGCUGGAGCUGGCCUCGGAUGGGUCCGGCCGCUCGCGCGAGAUGAAGCUGCUGACCGCGCGGUGCCGCGCCGCCGGCCGCGCCGACGACGACUGCGAAGCCCCUACCGACCAGGACGGCCGCUCCGGCGGCGGAUGCGUCAACGGCAGCGGCAGCGGCGGCAGCGGCGUCGACGGCGACGCCAGCCGCGGCGGAAGUGCCCCGGCGGGCCGCGGCAAGCUGUCCGGCCGCCCCAUCCUGUCGGAAGCCGCCGAGCAGCUGCCAAACCUGGACCUGGGCGCCGCGCUGCGCGUCGACAAGCGGCUGCGCCCGAAGCGCCACAGGCGGGGCGUGGUCGGGUGGGCGGAGAAGCACGCGAGCUUCAACUACAAGGUGCCCUUCAGAGGUUUUAAGGGGCUGCUGCGCUGCCUGGGCGUGCGCGGCUGA